GCAGUGCCUGAUGGGAGGAGUGGUCUGUGUUCCUUGCUUAAUUUAUAAUGAAAGAGGUGCCAGGACCCAAGCAAUUUUUUUACAUUCAUAAUUGAUGCAGCAAGCCCAGAGGUGCCAGAGCUAUGAACAGUCCCAGCUGCACACAAGCCAUAAGAAUUUUGAUACCUAUGGCCAGAUUGCAUGCAGCUUACAGGAAAAGGGAUAUGACUGGGUCAGGCUGCAGUGCCGAGCAAAAGUAAAGGAGCUCAGGAAAGUGUACCACAAGGCAGGGGAGGAAAACUGUUGCUCUGGUGCUGUACCCCAGACCUGCCAUUUUUAUAAGGAGUUGGAUGGUAUCCUAGCUGGUGACCUUACAUCCACUGCAAAAAGCACCAUGGAUAUUUCAGUGGGUCUGGAGCUGGUGGAAAGUGUAUCUAACCCAGAGGAGGAAGUCACUGAUGAAGAGGUGGAGUCUGAAGAUGGGGAACCCCAUGAUGAGUCCAGUUGGAGCAGUUCUGUACUCCAGAAGUGUCUAGCCAGUCUCUGCAGUCGCUCUCAGAUUUCACCAUGAGAAACAGCCCUACAGCAGCAGAGCAUCUGUGCAAGACAGGAAACUGGCUGAGACGGACCAAGGAAGAUAUGUUCCAGAUCAUGCUGCAACAGUCAGAGGCUGAAAACACUGAACACAAGAAAUGGAGGGACAGUGAAAAGCAGGAAAGAGAAGGAUACUUACAACAGGGAUGCCACAGAGAGGCUGAUUUAAAGUUAUGGAUUGUCAAACCGACAUGCUCCAGACUCUCAUAACAUUGCAGACUAAGCAGAUGCGUGUCCGUCCUCUCCUUCACAGCAUUGUAAACUCUUUCCCAUGCACUCCCCAAACUCCCCCUGUGCAUUCCUUUCCACUUUCUGGCACUUUGCACUUUCCUCUAUACUCCACCCCCGCAGACAGUUGUUCCAAUGAAAGCUGGACCUAUACUCAACUAUGAAAAUCAUCCUCCUUCCGAAUCCCACCCUCUUUCCCGCAACUGUGUAGAUGGCUGUAUGUGUC